AUGGAAGUGAACCGUACAGACUUCUACAUCGGUCUCGCUUUGGCUGUGAGCUCCAGUGUUUUUAUCGGCGGUAGUUUUAUCCUGAAAAAGAAAGGCCUGCUGCGAUUGGCCAGCAAGGGAUCAAUGCGAGCAGGUAGGAAGAGCAUUUAAACCUGAUCAGCUGAUUGAAUAGUUAUUGAUAGAGGACAAAACAAUGCUUGGUAACACGUAUCAAACCAUUUUACAUGUUGAAAUAUGUUUAAAAAAAAAGAAAGAAAGAAGUGUACUGCAUGGUGUUGAAAUAAAGGUAUCAUAGUAGUACAGUUUAAUACAGGAUAUGUUGUUUUAUGCACUUCACAGGUCAAGGGGGGUAUGCUUACCUGAAAGAAUGGCUCUGGUGGGCAGGACUGAUUUCAAGUAAGUAGACCCUUUAUUGAUUUCAAUGUAACUAGUGUCAUGGACAGCUGUUUUUAUUACACUUGGAAAUGCAGCUUGCCAACCAUACUGGAAAACAUUGUGGUCUUUGUUCCCAAGAGGGCAAUGGGGCUCUUGUGGGUUUGGUAUUUAUGCUAGUGACAUGGCAGUGGGUGCAGCAGGCACACCAUCUCUUUGAAGCACACAUUCCUUACAAAGAGCACAUUUGCACACAAGGCUUGAAAGAGAACUGUUUUCCUUUGUUUGAUCAGCGGCUAAACUAAUAAGUGAAUGUCAACUGUCGGUCAUGUUUUCAUUUCAGUGGGAGCUGGGGAAGCGGCUAAUUUUGCUGCAUAUGCAUUCGCACCAGCCACACUGGUAACUCCUCUUGGAGCACUAAGUGUGCUUGUAAGGUAUUGUCUUUUUUAAUUUCUUCAGUUAAACUAGAGUUAGAAGAGUAAUAAACUUGACCUUUUCUGCACUACAGGCUGUUUACAAUUAACAAAACGAUCAGAUUUAACCAUUUAUUUAAUUGGCAAGAGGCAUUCAAUGAUAUUAACAUAGACAACAACAGCUCUUAGACUUUUCACAGCAUAUAUUCACCAUGUUUUUGUGUUAGUUGUUUUUAAAAUCAGUGGUCUUUGUCUGAGCAGAUAAAGCUGGUACUCUUAAAUCGCAUGUAUCUGAUGCAGUGGUUUACUGAUUCCCAUAUAAUGCUGGGAGACCAAAAUAAAAAAAAGGCCCUGUUGUUGCUCAUUAAUGUUUACUACCUUUAAACUUUUGUAUAGAAAUAAUGUUACACUUCAGGUCCAAAUGUUCUUAAUAUUAUCACAGCAGCUCUCACCAUGUGUCAAGUAUUCCACCAAAAACAAAAAUUAUAUUUAUACUACUACUUUAAAUUUUAUUUUGGGGUAUUUUCAUGCCUUUAUGUAGAUCAGAGGUGUCAAACUCAACCACAGCAAGGGCCAUAAUCUGGAUUUAGGUCGAACCUGAGGGCCAAACAGGGUCAACAUUUCACCAAAACUGUUAACCUCCUUUUCAAAAAAUAUUUAACAAAAACAGCAAUGAUUAUAAAUCACUUAAAAAUUCAAAAAAGAUAAAAAGAUAGGUUUAAAGACAAUCUGGUAUAGAAAACUCCCCAACCUCCAUAUAUGGGGACUGUUUAGGCCAACAACGCCCCACUUGCUAGAUGCUUGUGAUAUAGUAUUGAUAAAACUGCCAACUCGCUGUGCCAAUCUUUCUUUCCAGUGCUGUGCUGUCCUCUUACUUUCUGAAUGAGAGACUAAAUGUGCACGGGAAGAUCGGCUGUCUGCUUUGUGUCAUGGGCUCCACAGUGAUGGUGAUCCAUGCUCCGCAGGAGGAGGAGGUUGCGUCUCUCGCUGCCAUGGCAGAAAAGCUCAAAGACCCAGGUGGGACUAGUUCUUAAUCAGCGUGAUCUGAUUAACCAUGCCGCAAAAACUGAAUCCCAGACAAGGGUUGAAUGAGUAUCUGUCAGGGUACUAACUCCUUCUUGAAUACUCCCAUUAGGUUUCAUUGUGUAUGCUGUGUGCGUUGUGGGGAGCAGCCUGGUUCUUAUCUUUGCUGUGGCUCCGAGGUUUGGACAGAAGAAUGUCCUGGUCUACAUCCUGAUCUGCUCUGUGAUUGGCUCCCUCUCUGUGUCUUGUGUAAAGGGCCUGGGCAUUGGCAUUAAGGAGCUGUUUGCUGGUACAGCAGUGCUGAAGGAACCCUUGUUCUGGUCCUUAGUCAUCUGCCUGGUAAUCUGCGUCAGCGUUCAAAUCAGUUACCUGAACAAAGCCCUCGACAUCUAUAACACCUCCUUAGUCACUCCCAUCUACUACGUCUUCUUCACCACCUCUGUCAUGGCCUGCUCAGCCAUCCUCUUCAAAGAAUGGCUGAGUAUGACCACUGAUGGGAUUGUGGGAACCAUAAGCGGGUUCCUGACCAUCAUUUUGGGGAUCUUCCUCCUCCAUGCCUUCAAGGACAUCACGUUCAGCUGGGAUUCCCUCCCACUUUACCUGAGGAAGGGUCCUCAAGGGUUCCCUGGUGGGAACCAGCCUUACGUGGCUCUCCCUACCUUUGACACCCAAGCGGAGGACGAGACAAAGUUACCCAGAGAAGGAGGCUCAAAGGGGGGGUGGGGUAUGCACCAGAGAACUUCUUAAGGAGGGCUGGUUGUCUUCUCAACAAUUAAAAAAAAAAAAUGUGAUAGCAAUUCCUAGCUUUAAAAGUAUCCUAGUAUCACAAGUGAAGUCAAAUGUGGUUUACACAACACAGCAGCAAAGUUGCUUAAGAGGAAAAAUUGUCUCUUCCAAUACACUGGAUUUUAUGUGGAGGAAAUAGUUAAGAAAAGAGAGGACAGAGAUGUAAUCAGAAAGCAGCUGUGAGAAACUUUAGUUUUCCACCCCAUGGAUGUCUUCUCUCUUUUCCAUUUUUGUCCUGUUUGCAAAUGUGUAGUUUCUUAAACCAAAAUACCUGUUCUACUGUAUUUUAACCAGAUAACAUAGUGUGGAAAAGUGAUUCAAAAGGCUUUAAUCUGCUGGCUUUAUAUUGAUUUAUUAAGUCAUGCACCUGUAGCAGCAGUGCCAUUUAUAAAAGAAUAACCACAUAGAAAAUUUAACUCCCUUUUGGUCUAGAAAGCUUUUUUCUGGGUCAUGUAAAAACACAAGUAUUACACUGAACCAGAUUUAAAAUCCCCCCCAAAACUGCUCAGUAUUUAAAAAGUUAUUUAUAUUUUGUUUUCAGUUACAUGCCUGCAUAAACCAGAUUGUGCCUUAUGUUACUAAAAACAACCUCACUCUUAGUUUUGCACUUAAAAUCUUAGUGUAUAUAGUAUAGUGUAUUAUUUUACGACCAGUGUAAAAAAUUGCCACUAUGUAAUUCAAUCAUGUGUUCAGGAUAAUAACCUUUGAUGUGUUUCUGUUAUACCUCAGUGUUAUAUAAAAACAGCACCAAAGAAUGUUCUUUCUCUGUAUACAAUUAUUACAAACGUGUCAGGCUGCAACACGCCUCUGACAUUAACAGAGACUUUUUGUGUGUUUGAUAAUGCUGAUUAAAAUAUGACUUAUUGACAAUAAUUGUACAAAA